AUGCUCUCGCUCAGCUUGACAGUCUUCAAGUCCUCCAAGCUUCGGUGGACGACUUUUCCUUUACCGCGCGUAUUCCUGAAAUUAUUCACCUCCCAAAACUAUCGACAUUACAACUUUCCGUCGUUUCCGUGGAAGGUCUCAACACCCUCCUGCGGCGACUCCACACCUUCCGUGGAGAGCGUGCAUCUUCAUUUUUGGGCCCCAGAUCCCAUCUCUAUCGUCGACUUGGAGGAGACCUUUGAAAGCCUGACACACAGUUCCGCGUUGCUCGAGCUGUCUGAAGUUGUCAUUGAUGCUGACUACAUUGACGAACUGGAUACUGUCCCUGUUUUCUCAAUUUCCCGCUCCGCGUUCAUCCCUCUUUCAGGGUGCAAAAACAUGAAGAAGGUCCACAUUUCGAGAUGUGCACAGCCAGAACUCGAAGAUUCGGAUCUAAACCAAAUCUUCUCGUCUUGGCAAAAUCUCACCCAGUUUACAUUGUACUCGGUUGGUCAGUGUGAGUUGGAAUCGCUCUACAGCGGUGCAUUUACUCUGACGGGGGUACAUGCCGCACUGCAACUUUGCCCCAAGUGGGAAAGCCUCGCAGUUCCCUUUGACGCCCGCGUUGUUCCACCUCUCACUCCCCCUACCUCAGGUUCAGAUAACACGGCCUCGAUACCGCCACCUUCGCCUCAUCCAUCACUCUCGUUUAUGGAUGUAUUCAACUCUCCCAUCGCCUGCGGCCUCGACGUCGGCCGGUUCUUCCGCAGGUUUUACACAGGCCUGCAGGCGGGCACAUUCUUCGCUUUCCAGUCCUUUAGCACCAGAUAG